UUCGUUUUGACGAAUAUUGACAGCACGGCAGACAGACAGCCGCGGCCGUCGACACAUAGUCUGCAAGACUAUUUUUAUUUUGAUUGUGAACCAUUUAUUGUUGAAUUUAUUUACAUUAAGUGUAUCGAUUUAUUAUUAUAACGUUAGAUAAUUAAUUUCGAGUCGUGAAGUGAUAGAUCGUUUCGAUCGGACGGAUUUUUUUGGUGUUAACCUCCUUCGUUUUUUUACUUGUGUUUUUGAACUGCAAGACGUGAUCGAUAUGUGCAAGAUGUAUUACAGAUGACUCUCUGUUUUAUUCAACUCUGUGGUAUUCAUCUGAUGCGUCGGCGGUGGUAACCGGCCGUGAUGCAGGGCGGCGCCCCCGUCACUGACGCCGAUCAGGCACAGUUCGAGGCGGACAAGCGAGCUGUCUACAAACAUCCUCUAUUCCCGCUUCUGGCGCUGCUGUUAGAGCGAUGCGAGCAGGCGACUGCUGGGGCGGAGCCCCCGGCCGCGGAUGCCUUCGGGGCCGACCUGCAGGCCUUCGUACAGCACCAGCGAAGGGACCGCCGCCCCUUCCUGGUGGACGACCCCGAGAUCGACGGCUUGAUGAUUAAGAGCAUCCAGGUGCUCCGCAUACACCUACUGGAGCUGGAGAAGGUCCAGGAGUUGUGCAGGGACUUCUGCGGAAGAUACAUAGCCUGUCUCAAGACGAAGAUGCAAAGUGAAAAUCUUCUGAGGACCGAUUACUCUGCUGGUGGAGUGGAAAGCAACAACAAUCUAUCUGGAACCAUGGAUGAUCAAUCCAGCACAUCGAAUUCACCGCAGUACCAGUCCCCGGCUCCCCCGCCGCCGCCAUCUUUCCCCCCGCCCUACCCCGCGCUGACUGAUCUAGCCUACCCCAGAGAUAGCGCAUCUCUCGUAGUCCAAGGUUCAACACCUAUCGGUCAAAUCGGAGCUGGUUUAAUAUCCACUGAUUCAUUUACAGGCACCAACUCUAAUUCGUGUUCUUCGGUAUCUGGUUCCCCGCCACCGGCUGAUGAUGAUGAUGAGGGAGUCAAGCGGGGAGUCCUGCCGCGACACGCGACCCAGGUCAUGAGGGCCUGGCUGUUCCAACACCUGGUGCAUCCUUAUCCCACGGAGGAGGAAAAGCGCUCCCUGGCGGCGCAGACGAGACUCACCCUCCUCCAGGUCAACAACUGGUUCAUUAACGCCAGAAGACGCAUACUCCAGCCCAUGCUGGACUGUCAAGAGAAACCUGGUGGUAAGAAGAGUAAAAACGGGUCAUCCAUCAGCAAGCGGUACUGGCCGGAUGCUCUCACCAACCAGCAGUUCACAGCUGGUCUACUGUCAUCGUCUGAGGAUGAAGAGCAGGAGAACGAGCAGUCGGCCGACGAGCAUGACCCCCAGGACAAUGAACAGUACACCGUGCAGACCAUGCACUGAGAGAUUCCUGUCCGCUGACAAAAUUCUCUGCGAAUAAAAGACAAUGUGUAUACCAUAGCUGUAAGUCGUUUUAACAAGUAUACGUAAUAUUACCUCACUACUUUAAAAGGCUUCUAUUUAGUUUAAGCAGAUAAUGGUAAAACUUUUACUCAUCAAUAAUUUUCCCAUGAAAAAAAAAAUAUUAUAAAGUCAAUUUCUAUGUAACCGGUUGUGACUUAGGUUUCUUUUCACCGACUGACAGGAAAUAGUUUAAGGAUUACUUCAUAGAACCCGCAGCAGAACUACAGACAAUACCGUCCACAGACGAGAUAUUUAUUUGUAUAAAUGACUUUUGAUAUACUCAUCUGUUCGCCAUACUAGUGUUAAGGUCGAGGUGAAUACUCUGAACAUGUAUACGGCUGAUCCCGGAUCGUGAUGAUGCAAGGGAGCUGAUUCAGUAUUCUUAUCUAUGGUUAGCAAUAAUUGAUUGUCCUUUGUUUUGCUAUGCUCCGGAACCCUUAAGGCUCCGGGGGGUGUUCUCUGAACAGCCUGUGAUUGUAGCGCUUCUUCCAUUCUAUUUUAAGAAAAAAAGAACUGUAUUAAUAUAUAGCAUAAGAGAUAUUUUUGUUAAAAUUUACUUAGUAUCAAGCUAUUGUUCCAUUUCUGUGAAUUAGAUGUAACUUAAAAUAAGAUGGCCGACAUUUUUUUUUUUUUUUAUAUGAAAACUAUUCAGUGUUUAAUGUAAACAGGUUUUAAUACGACUUAUUGUUUUGACUGUAUAUUUUUUAAUAUAUCUUCUGUGCUCAUCCAUUUCCAUAGUACAGUUCAGGAAUAUUAAAGUUGAUUUUGAUUUUAUAUAAAUGUCGGCAGAUCCUGUUAUACGAUGAAACGGAUAUACGUAAAUAUUGUGAAAGAUAAGUUUUUAUAAUAAAAUUAAUAAGUAUAAUCGGUAAUUUAAUAAAAAUAUAUACGAUGAAAUAUGAAACUCAUCCUUACUAUUAAAGAUUGUCCAUUUCUAGUGUACCAUAGUAUACAAGCUUCUAGUAUUAAAUGUAAGGCAUAAUUUUACUAGUCAAUAAAAACAGUCGCAAAAUUAUUAUUUUUUUGUUUUGAUUUUAAUUCUUUUCUUUUGUAUCUUUACCGACAUUCUGUGAGAACUGUCAAAACUUUUGACAGCCGCUGUCAGAGAGCGUUGUCAAUGAACCGGUCAACAGCUUUGACGAUUCAGCCGAUGUCUUGUACAGUAUACGCAAAAUAAAUUUUUCGCAUGC